UUUCCUUAGGAAAAACACCAGUAAUUCCUCCAAGUUCAAUUUUCUACUCUUUUCUCUUCUCUUUGAGUUGUUCUUAAUUCUCCAAACAAAAAAGAAAUUAUGGAAAACAAUAAAGGAGGAUGUUUAAGUAGUUUUUUUAAAAAGGCAAAGCCAUAUAUAGCAAUGAUCUCAUUACAAUUUGGUUAUGCUGGAAUGAAUGUUAUAACCAAAGUUUCACUUAAUGGAGGAAUGAGUCAUUAUGUUUUGGUUGUUUAUAGACAUGCCUUUGCUACUCUUGCUAUUGCUCCUUUUGCUCUUGUUCUUGAAAGAAAACUCAGACCAAAGAUAACUUUCAUGAUGUUCUUGCAAAUAUUUGUAUUGGGUCUUCUUGGGCCAGUGAUUGAUCAAAAUUUCUACUAUGCUGGACUUAAGUUUACAUCUCCAACAUUUUCAUGUGCCAUGAGCAACAUGCUUCCUGCAAUGACAUUUGUCAUGGCUGUCCUCUGCAGGAUGGAGAAGGUUCAUAUAAAAAAGUUGAGAUGCCAAGCAAAGGUGGUAGGUACAAUUGUGACAGUGGCUGGAGCAAUGUUAAUGACAUUGUACAAAGGACAUGUUAUUAAUUUAGUAUGGUCGAAUAAUAGUACUCACAUAAAUAGUACUUCUAAUGUUUCUCAAACCAAUGAAGCAAGUGAUAAAGAUUGGGUUAAAGGUUCAAUUCUUCUUAUUGGUGCUACUUUUGCAUGGGCUUCUUUUUUCAUACUUCAGGCUAUAACAAUGAGGAAGUAUACUGCUCCUUUGUCUCUAACUACACUUGUUUGCUUCAUGGGAACUUUGCAAUCUAUUGCUGUCACCUUAGUGAUGGAACACAAACCCUCUGCUUGGGCUAUUGGUUUUGACAUGAACCUUCUUGCUGCUGCCUAUGCUGGGAUUGUAUCAUCAAGCCUUGCAUAUUAUGUUCAAGGUCUUGUAAUGGAGAAAAGAGGACCUGUUUUUGUGACUGCUUUUAGUCCUUUGAUGAUGAUCAUUGUUGCCAUCAUGGGCUCUUUCAUUCUUUCUGAGAAAAUCUAUCUUGGAGGUGUGCUUGGAGCAGUGCUAAUUGUAGCAGGACUAUACUCAGUAUUAUGGGGGAAAUAUAAAGAAUAUCAAGAGAAGGAAAUUGAGGGUAAUGCAAUUAUUGAACCAGUGAAAGGAGUAGUUAUAAAUGACAUAGAAAUGCAAACAAGUGAAGUAGCCAUUGGUGUUCCCAUGCAAAUUUUGGCUAAGGAAGUUCCUAAAGCUUAAAGAGUAAGAAUUAAGGAUCGAAGGAUAGCGACUGCAGAUUUUCUUGGAAC